UCCAAUUAGUACAUUCGACAAACCAACCCAAUGAACCGUGAGACAAUGGCUUUGACUGACCGGUAUCACAGUCUCCCCUAACUCUCUCUCUCUCAACCCUCUUUCUCCCUUUCUUCUUCCUCUACAGAUUCAUCCCUUUCCACCACUACCAAACCCUCUAUCUCUCUAUUCUCCCUUUCUUCUCACCCUUCCCCAAUUAACCAUUCUUUACCCCAUUCUCAGACAACCCUAGUAGCAUAGGUUGUGUGUGAACUAUGCUUGAAUUGAAGUAUAGGCAUUGAUGUCAGUUAUCUGUGGGCUUCCUAUACUCGAGUGUGUUUACUGUUUGGGUUGUGCGCGUUGGGUUUGGAAAAAAUGUCUCUACACUGCAGGCUACGAGAGUGAGAAUUGGGGUUUGGCUACUGCAGAGGAGUUUGAGCCUAUACCGCGAUUUUGUCGCAUGAUCUUAGCUGUUUACGAAGAUGAUAUUCGUAACCCUCAAUGGGCUCCGGAAGGUGGUUAUGGUAUUAAUGCUGAUUGGAUAAUCUUGCGGAAGGAUUACGGGGAUAACCAAGGCUGUGUUACUCCGUAUAUGAUAUACCUUGAUCAUGAUCGUUCGGAGAUUAUACUUGCUGUUAGUGGACUCAAUUUAGGGAAAGAAAGUGAUUACGCGGUUUUGCUUGAUAAUAAACUAGGACAGACGGAAUUUCAUGGCGGAUAUGUUCAUAAUGGGUUAUUGAAGGCAGCGGAAUGGGUUUUUGAUGCGGAAUGGGAGGUUCUGAGGAAGCUAAUAGCAGAAUAUCCAACUUAUAUGCUGACAUUUGUUGGACAUUCGCUCGGGGCAGGGGUGGUGGCGUUAUUGACGAUGCUAGCGCUUCAUGAUCGCGACAAAUUGGGGUUACAGAGAAACAAGAUGAAAUGUUACGCGAUUGCUCCUGCUCGAUGCAUGUCUCUCAAUUUGGCUGUCCGAUACGCGGAUGUGAUCAAUUCUAUUGUACUACAGGAUGAUUUUUUACCUCGGACAACCACUGCUCUGGAAAGCGUCUACAGGUCACUUUUAUGUUGGCCUUGUUUAUUGUGUCUCUUGUGCUUAAAGGAUACUUGCACACUGGAGGAGAAGAAGCUUAGAGACCCAAGGCGUCUGUACGCACCUGGUCGUCUCUAUCACAUCGUGGAGCGAAAGCCCUUCAGGUUUGGAAGAUUUCCACCGGUUGUUAGGACAGCGGUACCUGUUGAUGGGAGGUUUGAUCAUAUAGUUCUUUCUUGCAAUGCAACUUCUGACCAUGCCAUCCUUUGGAUCGAGAGGGAAUCCCGACAGGCGCUCGAUUUGAUGCUAGAGAAAGAUCGGCAUAUGGAUAUUCCGGCAGAGCAGAAGAUGGUGAGGCAAAAAUCUCUAGCUCGCGAACACAGUCAAGAGUACCGCGCGGCCCUUCAGAGGGCAGUUGCUUUGGAUAUUCCUCAAGCAUACUCACCUUCCUCGUAUGGAACAUUUCAUGAAAUUGACAUCAAGGAAGAUUCCGGAAGAUCUAGUGGCAAAAGUUCCUCCUUGUCUGACAAGAAACAAUCGGAAGGAUGGAAUGAAUUUGUCGGGCGCAUGUUUGACGUGGACGACACAGGUCAUAUGGUGUUCAAGAAGACAACUCCUUAAAAUAUUUCUCUAUAUUAAGCUUGUUAGAGCCUUCUUUGCUUCUAUUUUGGUUCCAAGAAUGAAAAUUCAUUGAUUUACACAUUAAGCACUUAUUUUAGUUUAGUACAUGUUUUGUUGGGAUGUUCAUUUUAGUUUGGCCUCCAUGUGAAUAUUAUAACAUAAAAAGCCUAUUUGGGUUAAUCUUCUAAGGAAGUAUUUGUAGAAAGAGAAAUAUGAAUAGUAUUUUUGAUAUAUAAGAAUCAGUUUUUUUGAUA